GACAGAGCAGUCACAUCUUGGGAGAGUAGGUGGAGACAUUGAAUGACUUAUAACCAACACAGAACAGUACGGAGAGACGACAGAGCCGGCUGGUCAAGUUUGAAGAUGACAAAGGAGAACAUGACGGAUGUGGCAUCGGAGGAGGAGCCCCACGAACAGCCGGAGCAGCCCACGGAAUUCCACAGCCCAGCGCCAGAGAGACGCAAGAAGCCUGUAGUCCACCCCUCUGCCCCAGCACCACUGCCCAAGGACUACGCUUUCACUUUCUUUGAUCCGAAUGACCCAGCCUGCCAGGAAAUCCUGUUCGACCCUCAGACGACCAUCCCCGAGCUCUUUGCGAUCAUCAGGCAGUGGGUUCCUCAAGUGCAACAUAAAAUCGACACCAUUGGGAAUGAGAUUCUCAAGCGAGGCUGCCACGUGAACGAUCGGGACGGGCUGACAGACAUGACCCUGUUGCACUACGCGUGCAAGGCUGGAGCGCAUGGAGUCGGGGACCCAGUAGCAGCGGCUCGUCUCUGUAACCAGCUGAUUUCCCUGGGAGCGGACGUCGGGCUGCGCAGCCGUUGGACCAACAUGAAUGCCCUCCACUACGCUGCGUACUUCGAUGUCCCGGAGAUAACCCGGAUCUUGCUGAAGGCUCACAAACCAAAAGUGCUGAAUUCCACCUGCAGUGACUUCAACCACGGGACUGCCCUGCACAUCGCUGCGUCCAAUCUCUGCCUGGGAGCUGUCAAGUGUCUGCUCGAGCACGGAGCAAAUCCAGCAGUCCGGAACCGCAAAGGGCAAGUUCCUGCUGACGUUGUCCCGGACCCGAUGGACAUGAGCCUGGACAAGGCCGAGGCAGCCAUGGUGGCCAAGGAGCUGAAGCAGCUGUUGUUGGACGCCGUCCCCCUGAGCUGCAACCUUCCCAAGGUCACUCUGCCCAACUAUGACAACAUCCCAGGCAACCUGAUGCUUACCUCGCUGGGCCUGAAGCUGGGCGACCGCGUCCUGGUGGAUGGAGAGAAGGCGGGGACUCUGCGUUUCUGUGGCACCACCGAGUUUGCCAGCGGCCAGUGGGUCGGUGUCGAGCUGGAUGAGCCUGAGGGGAAGAACGAUGGAAGCGUCGGAGGGAUAAGCUACUUCAUUUGCCCUCCCAAGCACGGUUAUUUUUCUCCUGUGUCCAAAAUCAGCAAAAUUCUUGACCAGACCCCUUCUUCAGUAACAUCGACACCCAAAACACCCCGGAUGGAUUUCUCACGGAUGACGGGGAAGGCUAAAAAAGACAAGAAAGCCUUGAGAAGGAAGUCCCUGUCGGUAGGGAGUCUGGAUCGAGAAGGCAUGAAGAUCGAGAUUGGAGACCAAGUCUUGGUGGCAGGGCAGAAGCCAGGAAUCAUUCGGUAUUAUGGCAAAACGGACUUUGCCCCAGGAUACUGGUACGGGAUAGAGCUAGACAAGGCGACUGGGAAACACGAUGGCUCAGUGUUCGGAGUUCGAUAUUACACUUGCUCACCCAAGUAUGGAGUAUUUGCUCCUCCUUCCAGAGUUCAAAGGAUCGGGGGUCCUAAAACUCCUUCAGGUGAUGGAAACAUCAGCAAAAAAAUUCACCAAGUAACAAUGACUCAACCCAAGCGGAACUUGGCAGCCGUGAGAACCCCCAAAGAUAUUGCGUCAGAGAGCUCCAUAUCCAGGUUACUUUUCUGCUGCUUUCCAUGGAUGUUGAGAGCAGAAAUGCAGUCGUAAAAAAAGCCUCCUCACCUUUCUCCUCAGACUCUGCUCUUCCUUCUCGACUUCUGUUCUUUAUUGUGCUUUGGAAACAGACUGCUGAUAACGGUCCUAGAUACUAGUUCACCCAGAUACAGACAUAGUUUGAUUCUAGUGCCUUGAUCCCAAUGAAAUAUCCCUGCAUUCCACAGUAGUUUCAAUAGAUUAAAUAACCGUUCAUUUGAUACACUGACUGAAAGAUAUAUUAUAUUCACAAACGUGAUGCUGGUUUGUGGGUUCCUGUUUAACAUUGACUGAAAAAUACUGAUGGUGCAUUGACUGUCACAAUUAUGGUGUGUACGGUAAACCCCAGAAAUAUAUGUACUUCCUCUAUUUUGCAUUUAAGUUUAGAUCCCAUUGACGCAUCAAUUGUUUCACUGUAUGAAGGAGUUUAAAGGGACGGUGAUUUGAGAUUUUACAGGGCUGGUAAGGUUCUAAGGGUGAGUGACUCACUUUGUGCCAAAUGGGAUCAAAUAGAUUUAAAAAAAAAAGCUGUUUAUUAUGUAAAGUUUAAAAAAAGCAAAAAUAAAAGUUAGGAAAAGUUUAUUAUGGACUGCUGUUAAGAGGGAUCUCAUGGGGUGUAACAAAUUAUUAUUAGAGUUUGCUUAUUUUCAUACUUCCUCGCCUCUCUCGACGACAUCGAAUGAAAAUCCAAAAAACUGCGGAUGCUGAAAUCUAAAAUAAUAACAGAAAAUGUUGGAGACCCUCAGAGUUAACGUUUCAGGUUGAAGAUCCUUCAUCAGACAUAACUCUGUCUCUCUCUCCACAGACGCUGCCUGACCUGCUGAGUGUUCCAACAUGUCCUGUUUGUAUUUCUGAAUCCUUGGUGAAUCUUGCCAGGGAAUUGGGCUGAGGGAGGCAUCACAGCUCAGGUUGGCCCUCACUCAUCAGCCAGGUGCACCUUUGCCAAGACUGAGUCACCCAAGUGUCAGAAUUGCAUCCCUCCCCUCCCACCCCCCAACUGGCUGGGGUCAGGAGCUGGAAUGGUUUAUUGACCUCACCACAGCCCUGAUGUGGGCCAUCAACUUGGCAACAUCUGGGGGCUUUGAAUCUGCGAUCAAGAACCUCGCCAAGGAGAGUUUAACCUCUUUAACCUGAAGUUUUGAUUAACAGGAGGCUUCACCCAAGUUUAUCCAGUUACAGCCACUGCCUAAUGUCAUUAUUGGUUUAACUGGAGGCUGCGAUGGCUGAUCUUUCUAAUUCCUGAUCUCCUUGUGUACUAUACAUCUACCUCUGAGCAGGAUCUGAUGUAUGGACUCACUAAUCGUUUUCCUUCGAUCUGAGCACCCCUUCCUCUGAUCCCAGCACACUGCGCAAGGCUUGUGAAUUAGGCAUCAAUUUGAUUAACAUAGAACAGUACAGCACAGAACAGGCCCUUCAGCCCACAAUGUUGUGCCAACAUAGCUAUUCCCUCCUACCUACAGAAUGCCCAUAUCUCUCCAUUCUCCUCUCAUUCAAGUGUCCAUCCAAGCCCCACUUAAAAGCCCCCAAUGAAUUUGCCUCCACCACCCUAUCAGGCAAUGCAUUCCAGGCAUCCACCACUCUCUCAGUAAAAAAUGUACCCCUCAGGUCUGUUCUGAACCUACCCCCUCUCACCCUCAAUGCAUUGAGCGGGUUGGGCCUGUAUCUACUGGGCUUUAGAAGAAUGAGUGUUAUCGUACUGAUACAGAAGAUUUUAAAAGGCUUGACGACAUAGAUACUGAGGAUGUGACCUCGGGGGAAUCCAGAACCCGGGGGUGAGAGUGACUAGCUUUAGAAUACAGGGUCGUACAUUAAAAUUCUUUUCUGAGGCCAUAAAUGCUCUGCUGCCAAGCGCUGUGGAUGCUGGGUCACUGAAUAUAUUCAAGGCCAAGCUGGGAGGAUUUCGGAUGAUCAGGGAUUUGAAGGUUAUAGCAAUUGGGCAGGUGGAUUCCAAAGCCAAGAUCAGAUCUGAAGAGAGAAGGUUCAAGGGACCAUGUGGCUGAUUUCAGCUCCUCCUCUUCUGGGGGUUGAUUGCUGGCAGUAAGGUCAACUCUAACCUGGUUCACUGGUGCUGUGGGCAGGUCUGACCACUGAUGUCACUCAGUGUCCCCCGAGCAGUCAGUUGUGGCGAUGGUGCAGAGGGAACGCUAUGAGGUAUUGGACCUAUAGCACACCCGAGCCUGACACUACACUGAUGUCCAUCCCCAUUGUCAGACUAUCAAAGUAAGGGCAAGAACAAUGAAGUCAUGUUCAGGAAAAGGCAGAAUACCACAGCUCACCAGUUGGAAGUGGGUCGCUGUGUUCCGAAAUAUGCUCAUUAGAAAGUGGCCUGUUCCGCACUUGGCAGUCAGGUUCCAGAUUGCAAGUUAAGGUGGGAUCCUGAAUUCCAUUUAACCAAAUCUAGCCAAACAUGUUCCAGUGCAACAACAACAGCAACUUGUAUUUCUAUAGCAGCUUCAGUGAGGGAGAACAUCCCACCACUGCACACACAAGUACUCUCGUUAGAACCAAAGCUACAGCAUUAAUUUUGUUUCUGUAAAGUUUGAUCACUUGAGUCAGAAUUUUAGUGAAUUCUCAUCUGUGGUGUAAUGGUUUAGUGUUCAUUUUCCAUAGAGAAAUGUUUUCCUGUUUUAGAUUCAGAUUGUCAAAAACAUCUAUGAAAAUCCCAUGCUGGGGAACCAGAAAUCAACAUUCAGUCACUACAAAUUAUAUUUUAUGUUUACUAGUUUAGUGGCCUCUUUGUCAAGAUUUCUGGCUCAAUAUAAAGGCAAAACUCCAAAAGGAGUUCCCCAAAUCCUUAAAGUCAGAACUGCAUUUGCUGUCAAUUAGCUCUCUCUAUCAGUGAAGCGAUGCCUGCACCGUUCUGCUCUGGCCCACGGCUGCUAUUAGAUUACCCACUGAGCAAACCUACAGUUAGUGCAGAGAUACUGGGAGCGUGGGACAGACUUGGAAACACGAGCCACCGCAUUCAAGGAUCUGCUGCUUUAAUGUACUGAUGAGAGACUUGCGUUUAAUGUUUAGAGCGUGGGUGGGUGUGCAUGAGGGAGAGGGAGAAUGUAUGGACAACUGGAGUGCUAACCAGGGGUGUGAGACAUGUUGGAUUAAUUGCAUCGCAAAGCUCAAAGCCAUUUGUAAUUUGAGACACAAGAGAUUCUGCGGAUGCUGGAAUCUGGAGCAACACACAAAAUGCUGGAGGAACUCAGCAGGUCAGGCAGCAUCUAUGGAGGGGAAUAAACUAGCUGGGGUCACUGCAUUGCUAUUUUUUUUUAAAAAUCCUUUUUGCUGUGUUUCCACAUAAAACACACACACACACACACACACACACACACACACACACACACACAGUUUCUGACUGCAGUGGUUUUGAAAGUGUCUUUGUUAACCAGGGGACCAGUUUCACCACCCAGCCCCCCCCCCCCCCCACCUUCACUGACCAAACCCCACCACAUCAUCACUGCCUCUAACCCCUCCUCCACUGCCAGAUCUGUCAACAAUGUAGACCGUUUCCUCCAGUUUAAGACUGACGCACGUGUUCCCUGCAAGCUCAGGGCUUCUUGGAGGGUUUUGCAGCCACUGAAUGACGUGGCCACUGCUGUAACGUAGGAAGCACGGCAACCAAAUUCUUCACAGCAAGCUCCAGCGAGCACAUGGUGAUGCAGAUUCUGGGACCAAAUAUUGGUUAGGGCUCACAUUUUAUUUUCAUAUUUCCUUAUGUCAUAGAAGGAUGCCAUUCGGCCCAUCGAGUGUAUACUGGUUCCCUGAGCAAUCCCAUUUCCCCCAUUUAUUUCCCUGUAACCUAUUCCCUCUCAGCUCGCCCCGGAUUUUCCACAGCGGCCAAUUAACCCACCGACCCACUCGUCUUUGGGAUGUGGGAGGAAGCCAGAGCACCCGGGGGAAACUCAUGCAGUCAUAGGGAGAGCGUGCAAGCUCCACACAGACAGCACCUGAGGCCAGUGGAAGCUUCCUUAAUCUUCAUCCAGGUGUUGUCUCCUGGAAGUUUAGCAUCCUAUCGAAGUCCUGCCACUCCAACAGUUCUCUGCUGCCUCAGCCCCACAAUGAGACCUUGACCCAGAUUUUGCAAUUAAGUCCUCGACUUGAGGCCACAAUCCUCCGACUCAGGUGAGGGUCUCACCCGUAGAGCUACAACCCGACACACAAGGAGAUUACAUUUGUCUCCAGCCAUCCAGUGAAAGGCUGCUUUGAUCCAUCUGCUGCUUUGAUCCAAUUUCACUGCAUGAUCCCUUUAACAGAAUAAUUGUUAAUAGUCUUGUACUGUGAUCAUAGUGCCUCAGUCAGUAUUGCUAAUCAUUGCCUUAUAGGAGUUUGUGGGAUAUUUCUCUGUGUAUGGAUUGCUGGGUUUUCUCCAUUCCAUCCGUGAUUGUAUUUUAAAAUUACUUCACUUCUGGGACAUCCCAAGGUUGUGAAAGGUGCUAUAGAAAUGCAAAGCAGAAAAUCUAUGGGCCAGAUUUUGUUUGUGUGCUUUUGAGUGCUGCCCAGCGCUGAGUUACUGGUCAUAAGCUGACAAUGAGCCCCUAGGGCUAGUUGCAAGACUUGAGGUAAUCCCCACCCUGCUUCCCCUCCAUGCUCCUUCGGGACCCUUCUUCAGGACCGAAGAUAGGAAAAGGGGAAGCCCGAUAUAUAGGAGGGAAAAGCAGGGCAGUGAUAGGUGGACAAAAGAGGGGAGGUGGGGUGGGCACAGGGCGGUGAGAGGUAGAUGCAGGUAAGAGAUUACACUAUCACUGAUAUGUGGGUCCUCAGCCUCCUCCACUGCCAGGAGAAUUCCAAAUGCAAACUGGAGGAACAGCACCUCAUUUUCCAUCUAGGAACCUUGCAGCCUAACGGCAUGAACACCGAAUUCUCCCACUUUAUGUAAUCCCCACCCCCCCUUCCCCACAACACCCCCCCACCAUGCUUCUUCUUCCCUUUCCUAGCCUCUUUUUUUUUCUCUCCCCCCUGUGAACCAUCCCCCGGUGGAUCUGCUCUCCCCUCCUCCCCCGCACCUGCCCAUCACUAUCUCUUACCUGCAUCUACCUAUCACCACCCUGUGCCCACCCCCCCUCCCCUCUUUUGUCCACCUAUCACUGCUCUGCUUUUCCCUCCUAUAUAUCGGGCUUCCCCUUUUCCUAUCUUCAGUCCUGAAGCAGGGUCCCGACCCGAAACGUUGACCGCCUGCUUUUCUCCACGGAUGCCGCCUGGCCUGCUGAGUUCCUCCAGCAUCGUCGUGGUCUUCAUCUAGAUUCCAGCACCGGCAGUCCUUUGUUUCUCCAAGACGUGAGCCAGUCCCUGAACCCAGAGGCUAACCAUUUCUGUCCCUGCACUUGUCCCCUUUAGCCACCAGGGGGAGUGUGUAUCAGAAUUUCCAGCCAAUCCAGAAGGCAAAUACUCCCCAGCGGUGAAGGAAUAAUCAAUAGUUCAUAAUAUUUUCACGCAGCCUUGUAAUGUGCUUAAAGAGUGAUUUGGCCAGGGGGACAUUUUCUCAAAGCCUUGUGCACCGGUGUUGGUGCAUGGCAUGGCAUUAACAAAGGAAUGGGAGAGGAAGGUUAGUUUACCUGUGCAAUGUGACCGAGCCAGUGCCUCACGAAUCACCCCCCAGCUUCUUGCAUCAUUGCCACUCUCCUCCGCCCUCACCUGCCUGUCACACCCCUUCCACCUGGAUCCCCCAUCACCCUCCAGCUCUUGCUCCACCCCUUCCCCUGCCCCCCUUUUUAUUACUGCCCUAUUUCCCCUCUUUCCUUCCUGUCCUGAUGAAGGGUUUGGAGCUGAAACGUCGACUCUCCAUUUAAGAUAAGAUGUCUUUAUUAGUCACCUGUACGUCGAAACACACAGUGAAAUACAUCCUCUGCAAGUGUCGCCACAUUUCUGGUGCGAACAUAGCACGCCCACAACUUCCUAACCUGUACGUCUUUGGAAUGUGGGAGGAAACCGGAGCACCCGGAGGAAACCCACGCAGACACGGGGAGAACGUACAAACUCCUUACAGACAGUAGACGGAAUUGAACCCGGGUCGCUGGCGCUGUAAUAGCGUUACGCUAACCGCUACACUAGAUGCUGCCUGACCCACUGAGUUCCUCCAGCAUUUUGUGUGUUGCUCCAUAUUUCCAGCAUCUGCAGUCUCUUGUGUGUCCUCAUCUACAUUUGUAUAUAACCAAUUUUACCAUAGUAAACGAUCCCAAGGAGCACUCUCCAACAACAUUUGACUUGGACAAGAGGACGUAAGGAGAUAUUGGGGCAGAUGACCACAUCUCAGCCAGGCGGGGAGGUUUGAGGAAGGAUUCCAAAGCUCGGGGCCCAGGCAGAGGAGGGUCUGUCUGCCAGUGGUGGAGUGGGGAAAGUUGAGGGGGUGGAUUUGCAGUCUUGUUGCUUUACCUGAGGUAUCAGAUGUUAGAAGGUAGCUUUGCUUAUCGUGGUGAAAUGUUUCGAGGCUGUGAACUGCUGGAACCAGCAGAUGACUACAUGGUCUCCCAUACCCAGAUCCAAAGUUUUGUCUGGUACAUUAGAAUGCUAGACAGGAUCUAGAAUGGACAUUUCUCCAAAGUCAUUUAAAAAAUAGAUUAAUUUUGUCCUUUCUGGUUUAUUUCAUGAUUCCUUAAACCUAUUUAAAUAAAUUAAAGUUGCUGUCUUAGGAUAUCAAAAUCUCUCUCUUUAAGCCACCCCCACUGUCUCACCUUUGUGCCUAUGUCUGUCCCCACCCCUGUCGUAAUCCCCUCAUUAUCUUGCCCCCUGACACUACAUCACUCAAACCCCAGAUGGGUUUCAGAAAGUAGUCACCGUUCCAUGUGUUACAAUCGGUCCAUUUUGCCCAUGAACCCCACCUCCUGCCAUCAUGAGCACCCCAGCACUCCCCACCCCUCUGAGCAGGUUUGGGGUUCGGCAUGUUGACACUAGCAGUGUUGGGUGUGGCCUCUUGAUGCGAUGCUCAACAAAAACAUGAAUAUUUAUUGCAACGUUGUGGUGGGAAGUGCUGGGAUCCAGUCCCAGAAGAUCUACCAGGCAGCCCAAGAACUGGCAGCGUGCCAUUGAGUGUGUGAGGUGUUCACCCACCAGGACCAACAGCUCUCUAAAAUAUAUAUUCUAACACAACUUGCAAGUCUAAUGGGAAGGAGCAGGGUGUGUGAGGCUUAAACUUCUUCAAAGACCCAGCACAGACAUGGUAGACUGAGUGGCCUCUGCUGCAGUGUGUAGUUCUAUAAUCCAGAGACCUGCUUUCCCUCAGGUGGGCUUUUGGAAUUGGAAACAGAGACAGGAGUUGAUUUAACGUGGAGGGGAGGAGGGUUGGAGAUCCUAGCUGGGGUAGGACUUGUACCUCUCGGCCAGAGUCACCAGGUCAAGUGGCUGCUGUGUUAGCCCUCCCUCGCUCUCCUUCCCUCCCUCGCUCGCUCACUCUCUCUCCCUCCCCCUUCCAACCAGACACCAGGGGAGUUAUGGCAGCUUGCCUGUUGCUCCGGCUGCUCAUGAAGUCGUACAGCAGACCCCUCGCUCGACUAAUCCUCCACUGCCUAACACAAACAUAGAACGUUACAGUACAGUACAGGCCCUUCGGCCCACGAUGUUGUGCCGACAUUUUAACCUCCUCUAUCAAUUCCUCAAGGUGAGGAAUUGAGCCUCAUCGAGCUGGCCAAACCUGUGCAUCACAAGCAGGGACAUGCUCUUCACUGCGUCCCUGUAGCUUUGGUGUGUCAAGGGUUAAGAGUGGCUGUUGCUGCUGGCGAGGACCUUCACUUUUCGAGCUGCAGGAGCAGAGUUUCUGCUCAUUUCAACUUCUCCUUGUUUAUACUUUUCUGCAAUUUAUCAACCUCUGUAUUAACUCCAGUGAAUUACUGCAUGCUCCUACCUAGCUAAUACAUAUUCUCUUUCUCUGAAGCCUUUGUGUAUUUUCUGAAUGAUCUGUCACUCCUCUGGCAUGUAUCUCACACGUUGAUUAAGAUCAUUAAAUCAUUGUGCAAUUUAC